AAAAGAGUUGGAUCUAGUAGAGCAAGCAAGACAGUGUAACAGAGAGACGAAGAAGAAGAAGAAGGGGUUGCCAGAGUUGAACUCAAUUCGAUCUUUCGAAAAUGGUGAGGCAUUCGUCAUCAUCGUCCUCUACGAGCCAGGACGCCCUUGCCCUUUUCAAUUCUCUGAGAUCGGCUUACUCCGCCACUCCUACCGCUCUCAAGAUCAUUGAUCUCUAUGUCGGUUUCGCUGUAUCCACAGCUAUCAUCCAGGUAGUCUACAUGGCUCUUGUUGGAUCAUUCCCAUUUAACUCUUUUCUCUCUGGAGUACUCUCAUGCAUAGGGACAGCAGUCCUUGCUGUUUGCCUCCGUAUUCAAGUGAACAAAGAAAACAAGGACUUUAAGGAUUUAGCACCGGAGCGGGCUUUUGCAGAUUUUGUUCUCUGCAAUUUGGUUCUGCAUUUGGUGAUCAUGAAUUUCCUUGGAUGAAUUAGCACCUUUUGGCCUGCUUUGAUACUGUUUCCUAGAACAAUGAGAACUAGAUAUGAUCGAUGAUAAACAAUUAAUAUGUAUCCGCUGUAGCAAUUUGCUUGCCAUUUUGAUUUUAUUUGAUAAAUUCACAUGGUAAGUUACCAAGUUAUGCAGACCCCAUAUAUGAAAAAUCCUGCAAUUAAUUUUUCGGUCACUA